AUGUCGGUUGAUAGGUUCUACGCCCUUAAACUGCCUGACGGGUACCUGUUCACGUCGAAGCGUGAAGGCAAAACGGUCCUGAAGCUGGCGCUGGCAGCAAACAUAAUAUCAAUACUAGUGUUGUUGGCGCUGAGAAAAACACUGAAGUAUCUGUUAGUGGUAUUGCUGGUGGACUACUUCGUGUGCAAAAGUUACGUAGUCGAAGAGAGGCUGAUGAUGUUGGAAAACUUUGGACUGCAAAUAGAGUCGAAGACGCUGGGAAAUUUUAAAAAUUUCAACAGCAUUCCAAUACAGAGCGUGCAGCACCUUUUGAUCAACGAGGCGUUUCUGAUGCAGGAGAUAGUAUUCUACCUGCUGAUCGUGUUGAAUGACUCGAAAACAAUAGUGCUUCCGUUUAAGAAAUGUCGAAUAGACCUGGAAAAUCUGAAGAAAGUGUACAACUGCUUCAAUGAGCUUUUCGACCACGAUACGAAAGGCAACGCAAUUAAAUACGUUCCAUAA